AUGCCGAAGUGGGGGAUACCAUUAUUAUCCGCGGUCGGACUAACCAAAGGAGCAGUGGUCGGUCAGGCUGAGCAGAGCGCCGAGAUUAUAGAAGUCAGAGGUCCUGGCGGGGCCCCUCCUUACGUGGUGAGUGCCCAAUAUAUAGUAUUUAAUAUCUCGGUGCGCUUUGCAGAUGGCCAUACAACCCUAGUAUUCCCUGGCCCAGACGCUAUUAUACAGCACAGGGAACAAGGAGAGGAA